UUUCCUCUCCCUAACUUCAGCUCAUGUCGACUUUCUGUUUUGCACUGAUUUGAUUGCCAGGUCCCACCUUUGCGAUUUGGUGCGGACACACCUAGCCCUGCUGCACCGACACCAGCUCACCUCUCCACCUGCAGCAGGACCGAAAGAGAAACUGGUCAGCCCAUGUCGCUCUGUUGUCGUCGCUGUGACACGGUGGAAGAUGUCCGCUAGUUUCCCCGGGCCAUAGCCAGUCUAGGAAGACCUCUUAUCCCUACGGAGCCUUGUUUGGAAAAAUCCCGACGUUUUUGACGCGUUAAGGCCCUUGUCAUUUUGAUGCAGCCACUUCAAUUGGGGCAGCUCUUUUGAACACGGAGGUACAUGGAUGUGAAGCUGAGCUCUGUACUGUUUUCGAGAAGUUAAGGGCAGGGUAUGCAUGUGUCUGUUGUGCCAGGCCAGCGCGAGGACGGACAGGAGAUGCCUUCUGGCUAACUGCGCUAACGUUUCUGGACUACAGCUAACUGAACAACCAACUACCAAGUCUUCAACACAAAGUUGUUGUUCUUGUUUCUUGUUAUGGACACUCCUUAACAUGAAAGGCAUAACUCGGUUGGCGUGAACUAAAAACGGGACAACCAACACCAAAAUGCCGAAUAGCGGGUAGUUUGUUAGUUAAGCUAAUUUUCGCCUCGAGCCUGCAGUUAACUUGCACUUGAGGCGAGACGUUGAGCUAGCUAACUGUGUUUUUCUGUUCAGUAGGAUAACAACAAAGCCAAAUGCACCGCGCUUAUUCACUGACACCAAACAGUAAUUGGACUGAUAUUGGUUCAGCACCAAUAGACUAAAGUUAUCGCAUCUUAACACGGCCCACACGUAAAUAAAGGUGCUGAAUUGUUUCACAUAACCUGGAAGGUGGGUGGGCGAACGUAACAGUAUUAAUAUAACUUGGACACGACUUUUGAAAGGUGUGAAAAUCCAACUAGAAAGCAUUAGUAUUUUUUGCACCUGCCAAACCAUCACUGCAAGGAGGAGACAGCUGUCUCAGACUGGUGAUCAUGGAGGGAAAUGUACAACAAAAAACAACUCCUUUAGCUCGGGAACUGACACGGAUAUUUAACAGCUACAACAAACACACGAUACAGCUGAAGAAGAACUUGAAGGAAACUAACGCUUUCUUCCGGGAAAUAAGGCAGAACUACAGCAAUGCCUGUGCAUCAACAGUGAGCUCGGAUACAUUUUCUCUGGAGUCAGGCCAGCUCAGCUGCAUUUCUUUCCCAAGUCAUGAGGAAGAGUUCCUACGCAGCACUGUGGGUGCUGCUCCAUACAUCCUGGUGCUGGGCCAGGACUGUGCUGCUCGCUACCAGCUGCUCAACUGCCUUCUGGGGGAGAGACUGCUGCCACUAGGCCCAGAGGCCGGAGAGGCUUGUGAGGGCGUUCAGGGCACUGUCUGUAAGAGGCGGAAGCUGUGUUUCACCCACGGGAGACAGACACGGCUCAGUCUGGCUCUACCUGGCCAGUAUGAGCUGGUACACCAGCUAGCGGCUAACUGUGGCCGAUGGGAUACAGUGCCCCGAGAAGACCUGGAGAUUCAUGAGGAAUGUGAGGACCCGGCACAUAGGCUAGCAGAGCUGGAGAUCACCUUGCAUCACCCACUGCUUCAGGAAGCAAAGGUCAUGGUGGUGCCUUGUCCGAGUGUCCAGCCCAUAGAAGAGGCCUUGGAAGACUGCACCCGCAAUGUGAUCCCCAUCAUCCUCUACGCCAUCAACCAGGACUCCCUAACUAAUGAGCAGGUGGCUGAUCUCCGGAAGGUCAAAGAGAUGCUUUGCUUUCCCAUCUGUUUUGUCCGAAUCCCUGACACCAUUCCAGGCACCUCUCCGGCUCCAGAUCGUCGUGCUGAGAAGGAGAGGGAGAGGGAGAGGGAGAAGACCCCCCUCCAUAAGCAGCUCCUCUCCCUCGGCUUCCUCACCAGCCCUGCUGGAAACUGCUCUUGUGGUGCUCCCUCACAGGUGUCUGUUCCUGGUGCCAAGCCCCAGAGCAUGCUAGGCGAAUCUUUUGAAAGACUGCAUCGGUUACUGGUGCCUUUUGCAAGGCAAGUUCUUCAAAACCAGCAGGUGGAGGCUGCCAACCUGCUCAAUGGGCUUCACUGUCGGUGUUUAGAUCUUUUUAUCAACCAGGCUUUUGAUAUGCAGCGGGACCUGCAAAUAACUCCCCGCAGGCUGGAGUACACCCGUGAAAAAGAGGGUGAACUCUUUGUCUCCCUCAUGGCCAUUGCCAACCGCAAACAAGAAGAGAUGAAAGAAAUGAUUGUAGAGACACUCAGCAGCAUGAAGGAACAGCUGCUGGAGGAUGCAGCCAACCUAGAGUUUACAGACAUCAUUGUAACAACUAAUGGAGAGCCUGUUACUUCUAAGGAGAUCAAAUCCUGCAUCCACCAGAUCCAGGAGCUGAUAGUGGUCCGUUUGAAUCAAGCCGUGGCAAAUAAGCUGAUCAGCUCCGUGGACUAUCUGAGAGAAAGCUUUGUAGGAACUUUAGAGCGAUGUCUCAACAGUCUGGAGAAGUCUCACAUCGACUCCUCUGUCCACAACAUCACCUCAAAUCACCUCAAACAGUUGUUAAAUGCUGCUUAUCAUGUGGAGGUCACCUUUCAUUCUGGAUCGUCUGUCACAAGACUUUUCUGGGAACAAAUCAAACAGAUAAUCCACAGGAUAACAUUUGUGAACCCUCCAUCCAUCACUCCAGAGUGGAAGCGUAAAGUGGCACAAGAUGCAAUAGAAAGUCUCAGCGCUGCCAAACUAGCCAGAAGCAUCUGCUCCCAGUUUAGAACCCGCCUCAACAGCUCUCACGAAGCUUUUGCGGCAUCUCUGCGCCAGCUGGAGGAAGGGCACACAGGGCGUCUGGAGCGCACUGAGGACCUGUGGCUGCGUGUGAGGAAGGACCACGCCCCUCGGCUGGCCCGUCUGUCCCUGGAGAGCCGCUCCCUCCGGGAUGUGCUGCUGCAUGGUAAACCAAAGCUGGGCCGAGAGCUGGGGAGGGGCCAGUAUGGAGUUGUUUACUUAUGUGACAGCUGGGGAGGACACUAUCCGUGUGCCUUAAAGUCUGUGGUACCGCCUGAUGAUAAACACUGGAACGACCUGGCUCUGGAAUUUCACUACACAAGGACUUUGCCAAAACAUGAGCGGCUUGUCGACCUGCACGGCUCCGUGAUUGAUCACACCUAUGGGAGCGGCUCCAGCAUCGCUGUGCUGCUCAUUAUGGAGCGGCUUCACAGAGACCUCUACACAGGCUUAAAGGCCGGUUUAUCACUGAGGGAGAGACUUCAGAUCGCUCUGGAUGUGGUGGAAGGGAUCCGCUUCCUGCACAGUCAGGGCCUCUUGCACAGAGACAUAAAGCUGAAAAAUGUGCUGCUGGACAAACAAAAUCGGGCCAAGAUCACCGACCUGGGCUUCUGUAAACCAGAGGCCAUGAUGUCUGGCAGCAUCGUUGGAACGCCAAUCCACAUGGCUCCAGAGCUGUUCACAGGAAAGUAUGAUAACUCUGUGGAUGUUUACGCCUUUGGGAUCCUUUUCUGGUACCUCUGCACUGGCUCAGUGAAACUCCCAGAAGCCUUUGAGAAAUGUUCUAGUAAGGACCAGCUCUGGACUAACGUUAAAAAAGGAGCCAGACCUGAGCGGUUGCCCAUCUUCGAUGAGGAGUGCUGGCAGCUGAUGGAGGCCUGCUGGAAUGGAGACCCCUCCCAGAGGCCCCUGCUGGGAAUCGUAGAGCCCAGUCUGCAAAGCAUUAUGGUCCGGCUCUGCAACUGUGGCUCGGAGCAGAAGAGCAGCAGCCUCGAGGACUCAAACUGAAAACACUCCAGACAAACUAACACGUGUGUGAUAGGGAUUCUGAUCAGGAAAUAUUUUUGUGUAUUUAUAAGGAACGCAGGUGAAUGAGGUGAGUGGCGGACUGGUGAAGAAGAGGAGCUGGAUGAUGAUGUGGGGCCUUUUCCUCUUCUUUCACAGUUGUUGGAUUUACAUUAUUUAUGAGGAGCUGACACAGAGCGGAUGUUUGCAAAUAUGUGUGUUUUAUUGUUUGUGUUGUGUAUUUGUAUACAGACUCUCCAAUAAGCUUUUGUCAUAGCUGCCAUGCUAAUUGCUACCUUGUCGUUAGAAUUGUUACUAGAUGCAAAUUGUUUUAAAAGUAGUCCUCCUCCAGUAUUAUGAAAAUAUAAAUAUAUAAAAGAUUAAUUUUAGGUAUUUAAACUGAACAUGUCUGCAUCUACACAAAAACAUCUUUUUUAAA